UGUUCCCCCACAAACGAAGACGACGACAGAUUUCAGUCAAAGAGGCAGUUAACUGCAUCGACGUGAGCUUUGACGGUGCCUCUCUCUCUCUCCCUUUCUCCAUACUCCGGGUUUUAGCAAAGAGACUAGAUUUUGAAAUCUGGGUUGUUUUUUUGAAGUAUGAGUAACAAAGAUGAGGCUCUUCGAGCCAAAGAACUAGCAGAAACUUACAUGAGCAAGUCAGAUUUCACAACUGCUCGUAGAAUUGCAAACAAGGCUCAGAAAAUGGAUGCAACUCUUGAGAAUGUUGUUUCUCGAAUGAUUAUGGUGUGUGAUGUGCAUUGUGCAGUAUUGGAGAAAUCUGGGGAUGAGACUGAUUGGUACAAGAUUCUUCAAGUCGAGCAAAGUGCAGAUGACAAUACCAUCAAUAAACAGUUUAAGAAUCUUGCCCUUAAUCUUCAUCCUGACAAAAACAAAUUCCCUGGUGCUGAAUCUGCUUUCAAGAUCAUCGGGGAAGCUAAGACGCUUCUUUUGAACAAAAGUAAAAGGAGUCUUCAUGACAUGAGACGAAAACCCGUAUUCAGAAGGCCUGCUGCACCAUCACCUACGUUUCAACCCCAACAAGCCCAGGCCAGACCUUUUCCCACUCAGCGUGUUUUCCAGACCAAUGUCAAUAAUGCCACAACAACUCGGAAGAUGCCUGAACACCAGAAAAAACCACCUCAACCUCAACCAACUGGGUUUGAUGCUAGCUCGACCUUUUGUACCUCGUGCCCCUUUUGUAGCAGGAAGUAUGAGUUACAGAGGGAAUUUCUCGACAAACUAAUGAGUUGUUUGAGCUGCAGUAAGCAAUACACUGCUUUUCAAGAAACUUUCCCUGGUCCACCAGUUCAGACGACUUUUGCAUCUUUCCAAAAGAGCAAGGGUCCAACUCAAGAGGCAGCCAAGGCAUCGGAGAAGCAGCCGGAGAACUCUGCCAAGGUUUCCUCAAGUAAAGAGAAUGCUAGAGCAAAACACUCGGGUACUUCUGCUGAGAACACCAAUGGAAAGAGAAAGAGGAAGAAGAUGGUCCAAUCCAGUGACAGCUCUUGCAGUGAGAGUAGCAUUGAGUGCAACGAAGGUCCAGCUGGUGGAAAAGAUUCAGGGUCUACUGAUGGACAGCAUUCACGGAGGUCAGUCCGUAACAAGCAGCAGGUUUCAUAUAAAGAGAAUAAGAGCGAUAAAGAAAAAGAGGAUGCAGAAAGUGCUGACGAGUCUGAUGUCGGAAAGAAAUCACAUGAGAACCAACAGUUUACAGAAACCUUACCAAACGGUAUAAACAGGAAGAAGAAGAUAAAAGAAGACCAAGUGGGAAGCUCUCGUGUUUCUGAUGCCUGUAAUGCAGCAAAGGGUUCAAGUUCAAGGAGUGCAUCAGAUGCAGAGAUUUUUGAGUGUGAAGAUCCUGAUUUCACUAACUUUGAGCUGUCGAGGGAAGUAAUGUGUUUCAAAGCUGGUCAGACAUGGGCAAUGUAUGAUGACAUGGGUCGAAUGCCUCGUUUCUAUGCCAUCAUCAAAAAAGUCAUAAGGAAACCUAGUUUCAUGCUCAAAAUACAAUGGCUAGAGGCAACACCAGAUGAUGAGAAAGCAAUAAAGUGGGUUCGCCAAAACUUGCCCAUCUCUGUUGGUAAGUUCAAACUUGGUGAAGGAAUGAACACAAAUGAAACUCCAUCGUUCUCUCAUCUGAUUCACUGCAGAACAGGAAGCAGGAAUGAUAGUGUCAUGGUAUACCCAAGAAUAGGAGAAACAUGGGCUCUCUUCAAGAACUGGAACAUCAAUUGGUCUUCUGGUCGCCCGCGUUCUUCCCAUGAGCAUGAGUAUGAGUAUGAGUUUGUUGAGAUUCUGUCAGAAUAUGUUGAAGGCGUUGCAAUAGACGUUGCGUUCUUGCGUAAAAUAAAAGGCUUUGCAAGUGUCUUUUGUCGAGUUGUACCGGGUGGUGGUGGUGGAUCAUACACAUUUCAGAUUUCUCCUCAUGAGUUGCUUAGAUUCUCCCACAGAGUUCCUUCAACCAAAUUGACUGGAAAAGAACGGGAUGGAGUUCCCGUUGGUUCUUAUGAGCUCGAUACAGCUGCAAUACCACAUAAGAUUGAAGACGAACCUGUCCCUGUCUUACGAGAAGCUGCCAAGUCUACCCAAGUACAUCAUUGCUCUCAGCCUUCAUCUGAGCCAGACUGUAUGGUCAUUCCUAAUUUUCAGUUCCACAACUUCAGUGCUGAUAGAUUAGAGGGGAAGUUUGCACCUGGCCAAAUAUGGUCAUUGAACAGAAAAGAGAAUGACUUGCCCAAGUGUUACGCCAAGAUUCAGCACAUAGUAUGGAGGCCGGUAUUCAAAUUGCAGAUCAGCCUGCUAGAGCCAAAACCACUUCUUGAGAACGUUGCACAGUGGCGAGACAAACAAAUGCCAGUUAGUUGCGGAAAUUUUAUUCUGAAGGAAGGCCGGGACGAGACGCUCACUACUGUGGCUGGUUUCUCACAACAGAUUAAGGCAGAACAACAGCAUUUCAGGAAAGACGAGUACAUUGUCCUCCCCAAGACCGGUGAAAUUUGGGCAAUGUACAAGAACUGGAGUGUAACAAUCAAGGCCGCAAGCUUGAAGAAGUGUGAAUACGAGGUUGUUGAAGUUCUUGAUGAGAAUGAGAGCAACAUAGAGGUUAUGAUGUUGGAACGGGUGGAUGGGUUAAUUUCGGUAUUCAAGGAAAAACUGGAAGGAGGCAUCGAUGUGAAGAAGAAGAUCCCGAGGUGUGAAUUGUUGAGAUUCUCUCAUUGUGUUCCUGCAUUCCGCUUGACUGGAGAGAGAGAUGGUACUCUUAGAGGCUAUCUUGAGCUCGAUCCAAGUGCGUUGCCCCAUCACUUGCGCAGAUCUUAGACUAUUUCUGAUAGGAAGGUUAAUUUCUUUGUUAGUAGUUGGUACUUGGUCGUAAUGGCUUUUACAUUUUGUCGAAAUGUGUAGUUUUCAGUUCCAUCCAAAACAUGUGUCUAAUUCCAGUUUUUUUAGUCGACUUAAAAACUAUGGAAACAUUAUGUUGAAACCCCCAUUUUCACAUA